AUGGCGAAAGAAGAGUAUGAAAUUACCGACGUAGUUAUUUGUGGCUGCGGGCCUACUGGGGCGAUGUUGUCUGCCUAUCUCGGACGGAUGUCCAUUCCUCAUAUUGUUAUAGAAAAGGAACCAGAAAUCACGACCGAUCCUCGUGGUAUUGCGCUGGAUGAGGAUGGGAUUCGGAUGCUCCAGGGGAUUGGAAUUUAUGAUCAGAUUUAUUCUGAAAUUGGAACGUGCAUGUCAAAGUUCAAAUUUAUUGGAGGCACCGAAACAACUCUAGACAAGAAGCCUUUCCUGGAAAUGGACUACGGAACGACCGAAGGUGGAACAGGGCAUGUUGGGUUUAUUUGUCACAAACAACCAACACUCGAGAAACACCUAAGAAACGCCAUGAUAUCCAAGUUUUGUCAGCUGCGCACCAACGCCAGUGUGUUUAAUAUUCGCGAAGAAGGGAACUAUAUCUACUGUCGCUAUAAUGAUGCCCAUGGAAAUGCCCAUAGCAUAAGAUCUCGAUUCCUCGUUGGUGCCGAUGGCAAAACUGGUUUUACUCGGAAGAAUUUCCUUGAGCCGCUUGGUAUUCAGAUGGAACAGGCACAUCAAGCAUUCUACGACGAAACUUGGGUAGCACUUAAUUGGGAAAUUAGCCUUCCCAGCGAGAAGACACACCCUGAGUUCCCCUUGUGGAGACUUGGAUACAGCCCCGAGCAAGUCUAUGAUUUAUUCUUCCCCGUGAGCUUCCGCUUCGUUUGCAAUCCAGAGCGACCAGCUGUGUGCGGUCGUUUCGGAUUGCCAUCUGACAGACUGUGGCGAUUUGAGUUUGUUGUACUCGCCGGCGAGGAUGGAGAACAGAUGUCCAAUUCUGAGAAUAUCAAAAAAGUGGUCUUUCCAUAUAUCACUCACCCGGGUAGUCGAUACGGUCUCAUGCAAGAAGUCCAAUUUCCAGAGGAUUGCAUACGUGUCCUUCGCUCGCGGCCUUUCCGAUUCUCUGCAAGGAGCUGCAAUAAGUGGUCCCAUGGCCGAGUGGUUCUUUGCGGUGAUGCUGCACAUGUUUUCCCUCCAUUUGGUGGCCAAGGCAUCGCCUCCGGCUUUCGCGACGCCGUCUCCCUAGCCUGGCGACUCGUCCUGCUCUGCCGACGACCGCCAACGGCCAUAAGUAAUCACGAAGGAGUUCUGUCGGGCUGGUACAUUGAGCGGAAACAGCAACUAGAACGAUCGCUAGCUGCAACGAUCAAAAAUGGCGAAUUUGUUACAGAAAGCAACCCUAUCAAAAUCUUCCUGCGUGAUUGGUCUCUAUUCUUCAUGCACCUUGUCCCAAGUUGGAGACGAGAUCUCAGGCUUGGGCACCGGAAAGAAGGCCUGGUGAAAUAUAACUAUUCACCAGGCUUGCCGUUUGAUCCCAAUCACAGAGGAGGUCUUUGCCUUCCACAGGUGUACUGCAAGCGACUUUGGAGUGGCGAGAUGCUGUUCUCAGAUGAUGUGAUCUUUUCAAAAGAGAAGAAGAGCCUUUUCCAACUGCUGGUUUAUCUUGGCACUGCUGAUGACUUGGAUGCCGCCCGAGAGUCGGUAUCUCGGAUCGAGGAGAUCUCCAAGGGAGAGAUUUGUUCUUCGGAGGCCACAUACCUCAUUGGGGACACAAGGGCAAGGUCUAUCGAGGCAACGAAAGAUGUAUCAUCGGUGUACCGCCUAGCUACCGAUGAAGAGUUCGCGCAGUCAUCUUUGUGUCGCGGUCGGCCGGAACCGCAAUACUAUGACCCUCUCUACCUUGGAAAAGCGCUGGAAGGGAAUAAGUUUGUACUUGUCCGUCUCGAUCGAUUUAUAUAUGCCGCGUGUCACAGCAUGGUUGAUUUGGAGAAGGUAAUUCCUAAUGCGAUAGACUACCUCCAUGGAUAA